AUGGCAGGACACCGCUAUUUACUUGCCAACGUCAACCACUGCACUGGUGCGCAGGACUUGGUCAUGCAAACCAUGUUGCAGAGGUCCAUCGACGUAUUGGUCAUCACGGAGCCAUACUACGUGUCUCCCCAGCCCAACUGGGCUGGUGACCCGCGGAACUCCGUGACGAUCACUGUGGCGACCGGUCCGGGCUCCUUGCCCCUAUCUGUCCGGGAUAGAGAAGUCGGAUUUGUCUCCGCCUAUUGGGGCGACAAUCUGAUCUUCGGGGUUUACUUCUCUCCCAAUGCUCCUUUGGCUGAGUACCAGUUGUUCCUGGAUCGCCUGGGAACUGCUGUCAGGAGAACGACUCAGUCCAAAGUGAUUGUACUUGGCGACUUCAAUGCCCAUAGUACAGCAUGGGGAUCCCCGGAGACAGAUGACCGCGGUGAGGCGGUAGAGGAGUGGGCGGCAUUGUGCGGUCUUGUGCUGCUCAAUUGUGGCUCAACCGACACGUGGGUGCGACGGCAGAGCGGGUCCAUAGUGGACUUAACGUUCGCUAGCCCUGCCCUAGCAUCGCGCGUGUCGAACUGGCGGGUUCUGGAUGAUGUGGAGACACUCUCGGACCACCGCUACGUUACGUUCGAGGUCUCCACCUCAUCCGGGGAUAACAUCUCCCGGCGGGAAGACAGACCAUCGGUUUUCCCGAGGUGGUCACUCGUGCGCCUCAACGAGGAGCUGCUGGAGGAGGCUGCGAUUGUCCAGGCAUGGACCAUGCAGCCCGUAGAUCCGGCAGAGGUACACGAGGGAGCCCUCAAAUUCAGAGAGGCCCUGACACGGAUGUGUGACGCGGCUAUGCCUCGAGCCAAGAGGCGGCCCCCAAGGCGAGCGGUAUACUGGUGGACUCAAGAUAUAGCUGAUCUGCGCGAAGCUUGCGUUGCGGCGCGUCGAGAGUUCACCAGAUACCGAAGACUGCAGAGUCGCAGCGAAGAAAGGGAGGACCUGCUGCAUAACAUCUACAGCCAGUCCAAAAAGUCCCUUCAACUGGCCAUCAGCAGGUCCAAAACCCUCUCCAGGCAGGAGAUGCUGGAGGAUCUUAACAGGGAUCCGUGGGGACGUCCGUACCGUGCGGCGAGAUGCAAAUUUCGCCCACAGGCGCCCCCGAUCACGGAAACCCUGCAGCCUCAACUGUUGGAGGAUGUAGUGACGGGUCUGUUCCCGGACAGCUCCGAUCACACCCCACCAACCAUGGCGGAUUCCCUAGAGGAAGAGGCCGAAGAGAUCCCUCCACUGAGGUCGCUGGAGGUUCGCGCUGCCGCGAUGAGGUUACGGGCCAAAAACACCGCGCCCGGACCUGAUGGAGUCCCGGGUCGGGUUCUGGCAUUGUCGUUAGACAAGUUGGGGGCUCACCUAGCCGAGCUUCUCGACGCCUGUUUGGCGACGAGCCAGUUCCCGACGUGUUGGAAGGAGGGUCGGUUAGUCCUUCUCAAGAAGGAUGGGCGCCCUGCGGAGACACCUUCUGCAUACCGCCCCAUAGUGCUAUUGGAUGAUACGGGAAAGCUCUUCGAGCGUAUCAUUGCCUCCCGUAUCACCCAGCACCUAACCAACAUUGGCCCUAACCUGUCGGACAACCAGUUCGGAUUCCGAGUGAGCCGAUCGACGAUCGACGCGAUCACACGCGUCAAGGCUCUCUCGGAAGAAGCGGUCGACUCUGGCGGCGUGUUGUUGGCGGUGUCUCUGGACAUCGCCAACGCUUUUAAUUCGCUGCCAUUUGGGAGUAUUCUGGAGGCGAUCCGAUUCCACCGGCUUCCCCAAUACCUACGGAGGCUGAUUGCAGUCUACCUGCACAACAGAGUGGUAUUGUAUACAGGACAGGAUGGCUCUCUACAUCGACGGGCUGUCGGAUGCGGUGUUCCACAGGGGUCGGUCCUAGGUCCACUUCUGUGGAACAUCGGGUUUGAUUGGACCCUGCGGGGUGAUCUUCCCCCAGGCCUUAGCGUUGUCUGCUAUGCAGACGACACCUUGGUCACGGCACGAGGGGAAAAUUAUGAGGAGGCGGCUGCGCUAGCUUCAGCUGGCGUCCAACAAGUGGUGGAACGGAUCGAGUCGUUGGGCCUAAAGGUGGCCCUCAACAAAACUGAGGCUCUGUGCUUUCACGGUCCUCGGAGGGGGCCACCCGCAGGUGCCAGCAUCGUGAUUGGCGGUUGCCGGGUCGAGGUAAAGUCUCAGAUGAAAUAUCUGGGGCUUUACCUUGAUCCGAAGUGGAACUUCCGAGAGCAUUUUCGGAGAUUAGCUCCUAAACUAAUCAGUGCCGCAUCUGCUCUCGGAAGGUUACUGCCGAACUUGGGAGGCCCGAGCGUCACCUGCCGUCGCCUGUACACGGGCGUAGUUCGGUCCAUGGCGCUCUAUGGUGCACCGGUGUGGGUCGGGGCUCUGACUGGCCCGAACAAGACCAUGCUGUUUCGUGCGCAGCGGGUCAUGGCGGUCAGAGUCGCCCGAGGAUACCGCACAAUUUCACACGAGGCGGCCUGUGUCCUCGCGGGCACACCUCCGUGGGACCUAGACGCCGAAGUUCUUGCGGAGGUCUACGAGAGAUGCGCGGUGGCUAAAGCGCAGGGAGAUGGUCCAGAUCCCGAAGACCUGGCCCGUUGGAGGAAGCGCGCUCAACGCAAUCUGCUGCGAAGGUGGAGGCAGCGAUUGGAAGAGCCGUGCGCUGGCUUGCGGACCGUGGCGGCUGUUCGCCCAGUCCUGAAGGAGUGGGUGAACCGACGCCACGGCUCGCUCACCUUUAGGCUGGUGCAGAUCCUGUCGGGGCAUGGCAGCUUCGGCAGGUAUCUGUGCCACAUAGCCGGCAGGGAGCCGUUGGCAGUGUGUCACCACUGCGCUUGCAGUGACGACACCGCCGACCAUACACUGGGGGUCUGUCCAGCAUGGGCGCAACAGCGAGCGGUGCUCGCCUCAGUGGUUGGGAACGACCUCUCGCUGCCAGCCGUGGUCAACGCCAUGGUUGGCAGCAAGAGAGCGUGGGAGGCGAUGGUCUCCUUCUGUGAGGACGUGGUGGCACAGAAGGAGGCUGCCGAACGGACCCGAGAGGACGACCCCCUCUCGGAUCCUAUCCGACGAAGGCGUACUGGGCGGAGAAGGGGGGUAUUUGCUCGCCAACUCUUGCCUAAUCACAUAACAUCGGAGAUCAGGAUGGACUGCUCCUCCCAUCCUGUAUUCAGGGAGUGUCCGAAUCGGACAGCGCCGACGGGUGCACGGAAGAGUGUGCCAACGUCCCCGGACACCCGCCAAUCGGCGAAGGAAGUGGAACACCGAGGAGUUUUACUUGUGGACGUAUUGAAAUCUAAAAAUAAACGGACCGAUUUAAUUGACGACUUUGGCGAGAAACGUGGACAAGAUUGCGCGCGAUCUGGGGAAAGAACGGCACUGCCUGCGGAUACCACCAAUCCGGAGGCGGCCGUCCUAUCCGACGACGAUAUCAGCAGCUGCUCAAGUGCAGCUGACGAGCCCCGCAAGGGGAAAGGGACGGGUGGGUCAUCCAUGGACCCGAAAUCGCCGGUGCUUAGCGGCAAGCACCGGUGGUCGAAGGAAAAGGUGCCUUCCAAAACAUACAGGGCCAUGACUGGGGGCAGCUCGGAGAGCAUGGCGAGAGGCCUGCGAGGGCCCAUGGUAGGGGCAGCUGUGCCCAUCUCGGAAACGGAAUCCGACUGCUCGGGGAUGGAUACAGCUGUCUCCUACUCAGACGGAGAUCUGGCCGCUGGCGACAAGCGGCGCAAAAAACGGAGAGCCCCGGAGGCGGGGAGCAGUGAUGAGUCAGGAGCAGGCUCAUCCAUCGCUGCGGCUACUCCGAACCGUGCGGCCAAGCGCGGCAGGGGAAGGCCGCCCACCACUGGGCAUUACGUUGGUCUGGCCAAGGCGAAGGAGGCCUUGGUCAGUGCCCAAAGAGCGGAGCUCGAACUCCUGGACGAAUCGGAGGUCCUCGAGUCGACCAGGGAGCUUGCGGCAGUGCCUGCGGACUGCCUUGAGGGGAGGGUGGAGAGCAGCGUCAAGGUCAUCCUUGACGUUGCUCGCAAAUCCAAGAACCUCAAGGGCACGUUCGUGAACGCCCUGAAGAAAGCCGCCACGCAGAUAGAACAGGCUGUGGCGGCUUUAACGGAGAGGACCUCCGAUGAGGAAGUCCGGGUUCUGCGUUCUGAGAACGCAGAACUGCGGAGAAGGGUGGAGAGCCUCAGCGGGGAGAUGAUCAAACUCCGCGAGGACCUUGCGCGUCUCUCCGCUGAGAACUCCCGCGCCAAGGCGCCUGCACCCCAGGAGGAGGGAAGGAGUGAGGCGGACCAGCGGUCAGCCAUACUGUCUGACAUCGAUCGUAUGAUCGACAUCAAGCUGGCCAGGCUAGAAAACCGCCUCCUCCCACCGUCGGCGUUCCGUCCGCCGCUGCAAGCGGACCUGAAGAAGCCUGCUCCGCAGGCAAAGGGAGCUCAGCCACAGGCUACAAAGGCAGCCAAACUCCCACCUGCCAAAGCGCCUGCCGCCAAGGCAGCCAGAAAGGCUGCCCCAGCAGCAGACCCUCCCACCCCAGCGCCCACACGUGGCGAAGCGACCCCCUUGCAGGGAUCGCAGCCACCUGCGGAGACGUGGAGCGACGUGGUGCGGAAAGGCAAGAAGGGGAAAAAGAAGGCGCGCAAAGCCGAUGCCACUCCCACAGCCCAGACUACGCCCAGCAAGCCUCCGGCGAGCCAUGUAGACACUACAAGGCCGCGCGGAAAGGCAAAGCCUAAAAAGGCGAGAGGCAGUGAAGAGGCAAAGGCUCUGCGCCCCCCUAGGUCGGCUGUGGUCACCCUGACCUUGCGUCCGGAGACAAUCGCCGAGGGAGUGACGUAUGCCCAGGUGCUCACCAGGGCGAAGAUGGGAGUGAACCUCAGACAGCUGGGAAUAGACGGCCUGCGCUUCCGUCUGGCUGCCACCGGGGCUCGAGUGCUCGAGAUCCCCGGAAAGGAGAGCGCGGACAAGGCCGAACUCCUUGCAGCGAAGCUGAAAGAGGUCCUCCCAGAAACCGUCAAGGUGGCUUGCCCGGUGAGAUGUACCGACGUGGUUGUCUCCGGGCUUGACGACUCGGCGACUGCGGAGAGCAUCACGGCUGCCGUGGCCGAGGUCGGGAAAUGCUCUCCGGAGCAUGUAAAGGUCGGCCCUAUCCGGGUUGGAGUGUUUGGCGUGGGCAGCGCGCUAGUCGAGUGCCCUAUCGGGGCUGCCAAAACGGUGCUGGAACGCGGGCGACUCCUGAUCGGCUGGAGUUCAGCUCGGGUGCGUGCACUGGGGCCUAGGCCAAUGAAGUGCUUCAAGUGCUUCGAGAUUGGGCAUACUGGGCUCCAGUGCAACUCGAAGGUCGACCGAAGCCGGAACUGCUUCCGGUGCGGGCAGGAAGGUCACAUGGCGUCGUCAUGUACCGGCGACCUCCACUGCCCCGUUUGCAAGGCUGCAGGUAAACCUGCAAACCAUGCAACCGGGGGUCGGAAGUGCGCACGGCCGAAGAAGGGCAGAAAAGGGACUGCCAAGAUUCCAGUCCCUGGCCAAGCACCGAGGCAGCCAUCGCAGGAAGCGAUGACGACCGGCCCGUAAUGGCAGGCCACAGGGAGGAGUGCGCUCA